AUGCUCGAGAUGGUAUAGGCAUUGGAUUGCUUCUCAACACUAAGGGCAUCAUGGCAUUGAUCCUGCUAAGCGUUGCCUGGGACAGAAAAAAGCUUGCCACGGAUAAUGGAAAACUGUACCUGUCUUUGCAGGUCACUGGGGAGUUACUAGAUAACUUGACAAGUUGGGAUGUAUUGCUAGCUGCAUUACCUGUUGGUAUAGUUAGUGGAGCACCAAAGGUGAAAGCCAUGGAGUUGAUUGAUCAGUUGGAAGUCACAAGACGUGGGCCAUAUAAUGGGGUAUUUGGAGGCAUCUCUUUUUCUGGUGAUAUGGACAUUGCCCUUGCUCUGAGUACCAUAGUUUUCCCAACUUAUACUCGUUUUUACACAAUGUACCCGUCUAAGGAUGUGAACAAACGUAGACAAUGGGUUGCCCAUCUCCAGGCUGGAGCAGGAAUCAUGGCUGACAGUGAUCCAGAUGAUGAGCAAAGAGAGUGUGAAAACAAAGUUGCAGACCUUGCCCCUGCCAUUGAUCUUGCAGAAGCCACAUUCUUUUUUUAAAUGAUUUGCAAAAUCUUUAUCUCAGCACUAGAUCUUGCUUUUGUAGACAAAGGAUAUUUAGUCAACUUUUGAAGGAUGGUCCUUGUUUGAUAUGUGCAAAGAAAAAUUUCAACCUCACGUACCUAAAUUCAU